AGGACAAGUCAAAUUUUUUUUUUUUUUAAAAAGAGUAAUUUUCUCUGCAUGCAAGUGAGUCUCCCUCUUCAACUCACACAAACUCUUGGAACGGAACAAAACGCUCAGUACACUGCGCACAUACUCAAUUUGUAUGUUGCUAAUAAAGCUAUGGAGGAGAAUGUGCAAUUUACCAUUUUAGAUGGGGAGGUAGUUGGUAUCAGAUUUGGGUUGGCCACUCCCAAGGAAAUAUCUACAGCAUCCGUCAGUGGAUGCUCGAUAAACCAUUCAAGUCAGCUCACAAAUCCGUAUCUUGGUUUGCCCCUUGAAUUUGGCAAAUGUCAGUCUUGUGGCACUUCUGAAGCUGGAAAAUGUGAAGGCCACUUUGGAUAUAUUGAACUGCCAAUACCGAUCUAUCAUCCAAGCCACAUAAGUGAAUUAAAGAGGUUGCUGAGCUUGCUAUGUUUAAAGUGCUUGAAACUGAAAACAAACAAGUUUCAGGCCAAGAGCAAUGGUGUGGCUGAAAGAUUGUUUUCAUGUUGUGAGGAGGCUUCACAAAUUUCUGUUAAAGAGAUUAAAACAACAGAUGGAGCCCUUUUUUUGCAAUUAAAGCUACCAUCUAGGAUGAGACUAAAUGAUGGUUUCUGGAGUUUCCUGGAUAGAUAUGGUUUUCAUUAUGGUGGUGAUGACACUAUUCGGUCCUUACUUCCAUGUGAGGUGAUGGAAAUGCUAAAGAGAAUCCCACAGGACACUAGAAAAAAGCUUGCUAGAAAAGGUUACUUUCCUCAAGAGGGUUAUAUUAUGCGAUAUCUACCUGUUCCUCCAAAUUGUCUGUCGGUUCCAGACAUUUCAGAUGGUGUCAGCAUCAUGUCCUCGGAUCUUUCUAUAUCAAUGCUCAAGAAAGUUCUUAAGCAAGUGGAGAUAAUCAAAAGUUCAAGGUCUGGCUCACCAAAUUUUGAGUCUCAUGAAGUUGAAGCAAUUGAUUUGCAGUCAGCAGUGGAUCAGUACCUUCAAGUUAGGGGCACUGCAAAAGGAUCUCGCGAUGUUGAAUCACGAUUUGGGAUACACAAGGAGUCCAAUGAUUCCUCAACCAAAGCUUGGCUUGAGAAAAUGAGAACUUUGUUCAUCAGAAAGGGCUCAGGAUUCUCUUCACGUAGUGUGAUUACUGGCGAUGCAUACAAGCGGGUGAAUGAAAUUGGUAUCCCAUUUGAAAUUGCACAAAGAAUCACAUUUGAGGAGAGAGUUAGUGUGCACAAUGUGAAAUAUCUUCAAGAGCUUGUGGACAAUAAAUUGUGCAUGACAUAUAGAGACGGUUCUUCCACAUAUUCGCUCAGGGAUGGUUCCAAGGGACAUACAUUUCUUCGACCUGGUCAGGUUGUGCAUCGGCGAAUUAUGGAUGGAGAUACAGUGUUCAUUAAUCGACCCCCAACAACACACAAGCAUUCUUUGCAAGCACUUUCAGUGUAUGUGCAUGAUGAUCAUACGGUGAAAAUCAAUCCUCUAAUAUGUGGGCCUCUGAGUGCUGAUUUUGAUGGUGAUUGUGUUCAUCUAUUCUAUCCCCAGUCCCUUGCUGCAAAAGCUGAAGUAUUGGAGCUGUUUUCAGUAGAGAAACAAUUGCUUAGCUCUCAUAGUGGGAAUCUGAAUUUGCAACUGACCACUGAUUCUCUUUUGUCAUUGAAGAGCAUGUUUAAGGCAUACUUCUUGGACAGAGCAGCUGCUCAGCAAUUAGCUAUGUUUGUGUCAUUUUCUUUGCCACAGCCAACUCUGUGGAAAGUUCCCUACUCUGACCCAAUCUGGACUGUUCUGCAGAUAUUGCAGACUGCUUUGCCUUCUCAGUUUGACUGCACUGGUGAAAGAUACUUUAUCAGUAAAGGUGACAUAAUAAAGAUUGAUUUCAGCAGGGAUGUUGUACAAAGUGUUAUUAAUGAAAUUGUGAUCUCAAUUUUUUUUGAGAAAGGUCCUGAUGCAGUUUUCAAGUUCUUCAAUUCUUUACAGCCUUUGUUAAUGGAGAAUUUGUUUUCUGAAGGAUUUAGUGUUUGUUUGGAGGACUUAUACAUAUCUAGGGCUGUCAUUGAAAGUAUACAUAAAGAUUUUAAGGUUAUUUCUCCUUUGUUAAGUCAAUUAAGAUCAACCUAUAAUGAGCUAGUGGAGUUGCAAUUGGAAAAUCACAUCCGGCAGGUGAAACUUCGUGUUGCGGAAUUUAUUGUGAGGUCAUCUUCCAUAGGUGAUUUGAUUGAUUACAAGAGUGAUUCAGCCAUGACUAAGGUGGUCCAACAAAUUGGCUUCUUGGGCUUGCAAAUUUCAGAUAGAGGAAAGUUCUAUUCUAAGACUUUGGUUGAGGACAUGGUUUCUCAUUUUGAGAGAAAAUAUCCCUCUGAGGUAGUUGAGUAUCCAUCUGCACAAUAUGGAUUAAUUCAGAGCUGUUUUUUUCACGGGUUGGAUCCCUAUGAGGAGAUGGUUCAUUCAAUAUCUACGAGAGAGGUUAUUGUUCGCUCAUCAAGAGGAUUAUCUGAACCUGGGACAUUAUUCAAGAACUUAAUGGCCAUCCUUCGAGAUGUUGUUAUCUGUUAUGAUGGAACUGUGAGGAAUGUAUGCAGCAAUUCAAUAAUCCAGUUUGAAUAUGGAGUAAAGGCUGGGAUUAAGGCACAGAGUUUAUUCCCUGCUGGUGAACCAGUUGGUGUGUUAGCUGCAACUGCAAUGUCCAAUCCUGCAUACAAGGCAGUUCUUGAUUCCACUCCCAGUAGCAAUUCUUCUUGGGAGCUGAUGAAGGAAAUACUUCUCUGCAGAGUUAAUUUUAAGAAUGAUCUCACUGAUCGCCGCAUCAUUUUGUACUUGAAUGAUUGUGGUUGUGGGAGAAAUUACUGUCAGGAAAAAGCAGCCUACAAGGUGAAGAAUCAUUUGCAGAAAGUCAUUCUUAAGGACAUUGCAAACCAUUUUAUGAUCGAAUACAAGAGACAGCACACCAUAGCGGAUGUGGGCCUUGCUGGUCAUAUUCAUCUUGAUAAGAUGAAGUUGGAAAAUUUGAAGGUUAGCAUGGAAGUUAUUCAUCAGAAGUGCACAGAGACUGUCAAUUUUUUUCGAAAGAAGAAAAAAUUAGCUCUCUUUUUUAAAAGGAUAGAGGUGUCUGCCAGUCAAUGUUGCUCUUUCCAGGAAUCUUGUGCUGAUGAAUGGUCUGGCUCGCCAUGUUUGACAUUCUUUUGGCAAGAUAGUGAUAUUCGUAUAGAGAGAAUUUCAAAUCUUUUUGCUGAUAUGAUUUGCCCAGUUCUUUUGGAGACAGUCAUCAAAGGUGAUCAUCGAAUUUCAAAUGCAAACAUUACUUGGAUUAGUCCAGAUACAACUACUUGGAUAAGAAACCCUUCCAGGACUCAGAAGGGAGAGCUGGCACUUGAUGUUGUUAUUGAGAAAUCGGCUGUGAAACAAAGUGGUGAUGCAUGGAGAAUUGUCCUAGAUUCAUGUCUUCCUGUUCUGCAUUUGAUUGAUACCACACGCUCUAUACCAUAUGCUAUUAAACAAAUUCAAGAAUUGUUGGGAGUUUCUUGUGCAUUUGAUCAAGCUGUUCAGCGCCUCUCAACCUCAGUGACAAUAGUGGCAAAAGGUGUGCUGAAGGAGCAUCUCAUACUCCUGGCAAAUAGCAUGACGUGUGCUGGGAAUUUGGUUGGAUUCAAUUCUGGCGGUUACAAAUCAUUAUCUCGCUCAUUGGAUGUCCAAGUACCAUUUACUGAUGCAACACUCUUUACACCAAGAAAAUGUUUUGAGCGAGCGGCAGAGAAGUGUCAUGUCGAUACUUUAUCUAGCAUAGUUGCAUCUUGUUCUUGGGGUAAAAAUGUGGCGGUAGGUACGGGAUCACGAUUUGAUGUGCUCUGGGAUAAGAAGGAGGCCUGUUUGGAUCAAGAGGGUAGCAUAGAUGUGUAUGAAUUUCUAAAUAUGGUGAGAUGCAGUGCAAAUGGAGAAGAAUCAACUGCCUGUUUAGGUGCAGAUGUUGAUGAUCUUAUGCUAGAUGAUGGAAUGGAUGACUGGAACCUAUCCCCAGAGCACAAUUUUGGUUCUGAUAAGCCCACCUUUGAAGACAGGGCUGAAUUUCAGAAUUGCUUAGACAAUCAACCUGCUGAUUGGGAAAAGGCUUCAUAUGCAGUGAAUGGAUCCAGUAGUGGUGGAAAUUGGGGUGGUGAUAAAAAUAUGGAAACUGACAAGGAAAAUUCUUGGUCUGGGUGGGGAAGGAAUGCAGCUGAAACGCAAAAUGCCCUCUCCACAAAAGCCCAUGAGGAAUCAGACAAGUCCAAUAGUUGGGAUACUGCAGGUGGUUGGCAGGCACAAGCCAAUGGCAAGGCAGAAAAUAAUGUAGCUGAGACAGACUCUUGGUCAGGUUGGGGAACAAGGAAGACAGAAUCAUCUGAUGUCCCUGCUAAAAAAGUGCAAGAAGAAUCUGAGCAUUCUAUUGGUUGGGAUACUAAAGCUGCUUGGCAAACAAAUAUCAGUGGAGGUACUCCGAAAAGUGUACCCGAGCCAGACUCUUGGUCUGGUUGGGAAACAAGGAAAAAUGAAGUGCCUGAUGAUCAUGGACGGAAAGCUCAAGAAGAAACUGGGAGGCCUGGUGAUCAUGAUGCUGGUGCUGCCUGGGGAAGAAGGGCUGAAGUUGAUGACAAUAGUUGGGGGAAACCCAAGUCACCUCAGGUUUCACUCAGUUGGGGCACACCUAAAGAGCCAGUUAAUGCUGGAAGUUUGCGUGGUUGGGACCUGCCAAAAGCAGGUGGGAGCAAUGGAAGUGAAAUACAACCACAGUGGGGCAAGUCAAAGCCACCUGAAGGUUCACAUGGUUGGGGCUCGUCCAAUGAGCCAGUUAAAGCAGCAGGUUGGAACCAGCCAAAUGCAGGGGGCAGUGAUGCAACUAAAAGACAGCAGCAGUGGGAGAAACCCAAGUCACCUGAAGCUUCACAUGGUUGGGGCCCAUCUAAGGAGCCAGUUAAAGCGGCUGGUUGGGACCUGGAAAAUGCAGGAGGUGGUGAUGGAAGUGAAAGACAGCAGCAGUGGGGGAAAUCCAAGUCAUCUGAAGUUUCACAAAGCUGGGGCUCUCCCAAAGAAUCGGUGAAAGCAGGAAGUUCCCAGGGUUGGGGCAUGCCUAAUGCCGAAGGUAGUGAAGGAGGUGAAAGACCACGACAGUGGGGAAAACCCAAAUCACCUGACGUUUCACAAGGCUGGGGCUCACCCAAAGAGUCAGUUAAAGCAGCAAGUUCCAAGGGGUGGGGUCUGCCAAAUGCAGGAGCCACCCAUGGAAGCGAAAGAAAACAGUGGGGACAGCAGAGUGGAGAAUUUAAGAAAAACCGUGCUGAAGGAUCCAGAGGAUGGGGUUCAAAUCCAGAUUGGAAAAGUAAGAACCGUCCUGCUAAAUCACCAGGAAUUGUCAAUGAUGAUUCUAGUGUGGGUGGAAUAUAUACAGUAACUAGACAAAGGUUGGACAUGUUUACUUCGCAAGAGCAGGAUAUUCUCUCUGAAAUUGAGCCAUUAAUGCUUGCUAUCAGAAGAAUAAUGCAUCACUCUGGGUACAAUGAUGGGGAUACGUUAUCUGCUGCUGACCAGUCAUAUAUACUUGAUAAUGUCUUCAACUAUCAUCCAGAUAAAGCGGCAAAAAUGGGUGCUGGCAUUGAUCAUCUUACAGUUAACAAGCACAGCAGUUUCCAGGAUACCAGGUGCUUUUAUGUAGUUUCAACUGAUGGUUGCGAACAGGAUUUUUCCUACCGUAAAUGCCUUGAGAACUUUGUCAAGGGUAAAUAUCCUGACUUGGCUGAGGAAUUCAAUGGAAAAUAUUUCGCCAGACCUCGCUCCAGAGGCAUCCAGCUGCAAAAUGUAGUUUCAGAGAGAACUGGGGAUGAUAGCAAGUGGCAAAAUUCUGUUUCAGAGGGAACUGGGGAGGGCAAUCAACAGCAAAAUGUAGUUUCAGAGAGAACUGGGGAUGACAGCAAGUGGCAAAAUUCUGUUUCAGAGGGAACUGGGGAUGGCAGCAAGUGGCAAAAUUUGGUUUUGGAGGGAACUGGGGAUGGCAAUCAACAGCAAAAUAUAGUUUCCGAGGGAACCGGAGAUGAUAAUGGGUCUUAAGAGGCCAGUCAUGUUGAGUACAUUUUAAUUCAUUCAGACUGGAGAGACGUUCACACCAUCUGCUAUUUUGAUUUGUGUAUAUAAAGCAGAUGUUUUUCUGUUCAUACUAUACGUUGAUCACUCCUUAUGAACUGCCCCCAUUUUUUCGGUGUAGGUGCAGUUCUUAAUGUUCUUGUUAACAAGCUAGUGAUCUAACAGUAGGUCUUGUUCACUGACGCUGCAUGUCAAUAGCAAAUAUAGUGAAAUUGUUACUUCUCCCCU